CUGCCAGCCGUGGUGGCUUGGCGGCCUCCCUCGCAGCGGAGCCAGGCGCCGCCGCUGCCGGCUUCUUUCCGCCUUCCCUCGGGGGUCAGCCUUUUCGGGAUUGGGCCCUCUGCCACGCCGCGGAUGGCCUUCCCGGAGCUGGGGUCUGGCCCUCUCCGGAGAGUGGGGGCGACCGGCCCCGUCUCGGCUGCACUCCGGGUGUGUCAUGCAGGAGACACGCAGGUGCGGGGUCUCAGUGGCCCGCACCUGGCGCCUCCUGACCUUCGCGCUGGCGCUCCCGAGCGUGGCCCUCUGCACCCUCAACUCCUGGCUCCACUCGGGCCACCACGAGCGCCCAGAGUUCAUCCCCUACCAUCACCUCCGGAUCCGCACCAAGCCCUUCUCCUGGGGAGACGGCAACCACACUCUUUUCCACAAUCCCCGGGUCAACCCUCUGCCCACGGGCUACGAAAAACCUUGAGGCCUUGGCCGAUGCCCCCAGACACAAUAAAAGUGUGGAA